ACUGUGCCAUGCCCAGCAGGGAAUUACUAAGCUCUUCCCAUAGAAUCUGGUAACCUGAUUUUGGAUUGGAGCUUCCAUCACGCCAGGGUGAUAUUUGCUUUCUCCUCUUGGCUUUUGGCCCACCGACUUAUUACUAGCUCUAUAUAAGAAUUCGAUAUACUAACUUUUUUUGUAUUAAAGCUACUCACAUACUUCAAGCUCUCAUAGACCAAAAAAUGUAUAAGCCAGUGUUUUACCUUGUUGUUCACUUUUCACUAUUCCUAGUAGCACCAACUACAUCAUCCUCAAUUAUCACUAGUUUGAGUAAAGGUUCCUCUCUUUCUACUUCCCAAGAUACGGUGAUUUCAUCGCCCAAUCAUGAUUACGCAGCGGGUUUUCAUCCCGUUGGUGAAAAUGCAUAUAGCUUUGCUAUAUGGUUUGGCAAUUUAGUUGGUGAUGACAAAAAUCACACCAUAGUAUGGAUGGCUAACAGAGACAAACCUGUGAACGGAAGGCACUCGAGCCUUUCCUUAACCAAAUCAGGCAAUCUUGUUCUUACUGAUGCUAGCCAGCACACAGUUUGGAAAACUGAGACGCAAUCAGAUGACUCUGUUGAAUUGGAACUCCUGGACACCGGCAACUUUGUUCUUACAGCCUCAGAUGACAAACGUAUUAUUUGGCAAAGUUUUGAUACACCAACUGAUACACUCCUUCCAGGACAAGCACUGACAAAAAAUUCGAAGCUUGUUUCUCUAAGAAGCUUAACCAAUUAUUCAUCAGGUUUUUACAAGCUACACUUCUCUGAUGAUAAUGUUCUCCAGCUUCUUUAUGAAGGCUUAGAGAUGUCAGGUGUUUACUGGCCACCCACAUGGCUGUCGAGCUUUAAAGCUAACCGAAGCACCUACAACAAUAGCAGAAUUGCAGUGCUCGACCCUUUGGGCCAAUUCAACUCGACCGACAAUUUCAACUUUAGAACUACUGAUUAUGGUGGAGGCAUUCAAAGAAGAUUAACACUGGAUAUUGAUGGGAACCUCCGAGUAUACAGCCUGAAUAAGCAAAGGACUAGUUGGGAAGUUUCUUGGCAACUUAAUUGGCAACCCUGCACGAUUCAUGGACUCUGUGGGUUGAACAGUUUGUGCACUUAUAGUCAUGAUUCUGGUAGGAAAUGUACUUGCCUACAACGUCAUAAGAUGAAAAAUGUGACGGACUGGUCUUAUGGAUGCGAACCAGAUUUUAAGCUCUCUUGCCCUGAUAGCAAUAUGGUGGAUUUAGUUCAUCUUCGUCAUGUUGAAUUCUACGGGUACGACUCUAUGCAUUAUAGGAAUGCCACCUUGGAGCAAUGCAAACAAUAUUGCUUACAUGCCUGUGAUUGCAAAGGAUUUCAAUUCAAAUUUGAAACAGAGUAUGGCGUCUAUGUCUGCCUUCUUAAGACACUUCUCUUUAAUGGGUACCGCUCACCAUCUUGGCAAAAUUCAGUUUACAUUAAACUGCCCAAGGAUGUCCGUAGUUCGGAAGAGGAAGGUCCUAUAGGAAAAUUGCAGUGUGAAAGAACACAUGAAGUGUUACUGGAAAGAACGUACAAACGAAAAGGGCAAUAUGGAUGGUUGAAGUCAUUUAUCGGGUUUGCUGUUGCACUUGGAAUGUUCGAGGUCAUAUGCCUCAUCUCUUAUUUGAUUACAACCCUCAAACACUCUAAUGCAACAUUUGAUCAUCAAGUUUAUAUUCCCGUUGUCAAUAGGUUUAAGAGAUUCGCCUAUGCCGAGCUGAAAAAAGCAACGUCUAAUUUCAGAGAUGAAAUUGGACAAGGAAGCAGUGGCGUUGUGUACAAAGGCAAAUUACCGGACAACAGAAUAGCAGCCAUCAAGUGUCUCAAAUUAGAAGCCAACCAAGGAGAAGCAGAAUUUCUUGCAGAGGUGAGCACAAUUGGCAAGCUUAACCACAUGAACUUGAUAGACAUAUGCGGUUAUUGUGCUGAGGGAAAACACAGGCUCCUAGUAUACGAGUACAUGGAGCAUGGUUCUUUAGCAGAUAAUUUACAUGCCAACAAUAUUCUUGAUUGGCAAAAGAGGUUCGAGAUAGCGCUGGGAACAGCAAAAGGUCUUGCUUACCUACAUGAAGAGUGUCUAGAAUGGGUUUUGCAUUGUGAUAUAAAGCCUCAGAAUAUACUCCUGGACUCAAAUUAUGAGCCAAAGGUAGCUGAUUUUGGUCUCUCAAGGUUAUUAAACAGAAGUGGGGUGGACAAUUCAUGCUUUUCCACAAUAAGGGGGACAAGGGGUUACAUGGCUCCUGAAUGGAUUUUUCAUCAUCCAAUCACCUCCAAAGUUGAUGUGUACAGCUAUGGAAUACUACUACUAGAAUUGAUCACCGGAAAGAGCCCUAACCGAGCUCAAUCUAAUAACAUGGAUAAUGAUGAGAUGCAAGAUACAACGCUUGUUACUUGGGUUCGAGAGAAGAUGCUUGGAGUUGAGCAAACUGCCACACAAAUUCAACAAGUCGUGGACCCUUCUUUGGAUGGUGUUAACUAUUUGGAAAAAAUGGAAGUUCUUAUAAAAGUAGCUUUGCAGUGUUCAGAAGAAGACAGAGAUGCAAGACCUACAAUGAGUCAAGUGGUGGAUAUGCUACAAGCGUAAAUAAAAAUAUUUAUGUGAAAGUAGUCGUAUGGUCGUUAUAGCCUCUGGCU